CCGGGCGGCCUGGCCAGGGGGCGGCGUCUGCUGCGCCAGGUUCGCGGGACGCACGUCCCCAGGUCCGCCCGUUCCAGGAGGAGGAGGAGGCGGCGGCGGCGGCGGUGGCGGGCGAGGAGUCUCGGAGGACUGGGCUCCCGCACGGGAUAACCAACUCUCUCUUCGCGCUUCCCCAGGCAGCCGGAGCCAGAGCCUUCGCGGCGCCCGGGUCUUCUCCCGCCGCACCCAGCCUGGGCGCGAGAGCCCGAGCCGCGGGCGGCGGGCAGGCGGCGAGGAUGGCAGAGGCACCGGCCUCCCCGGUCCCGCUCUCUCCGCUGGAAGUGGAGCUGGACCCAGAGUUCGAGCCCCAGAGUCGGCCGCGCUCCUGUACGUGGCCCCUGCAGAGGCCGGAGCUGCAGGCGAGCCCGGCCAAGCCCUCGGGGGAGACGGCCGCGGACUCCAUGAUCCCCGAGGAGGACGACGAUGAAGACGACGAGGACGGCGGCGGCCGGGCCAGCUCGGCCAUGGUGAUCGGUGGCGGCUUGAGCAGCACGCUGGGCUCCGGGUUGCUCCUCGAGGACUCGGCCAGGCUGCUGGCUCCCGGAGGGCAGGACCUCGGGUCCGGGCCAGCGUCCGCCGCAGGCGCGCUGAGUGGGGGCACGCAGACGCCGCUGCAGCCUCAGCAGCCACUGCCACCGCCGCAGCCGGGGGCGGCUGGGGGCUCCGGGCAGCCGAGAAAAUGCUCUUCGCGGCGGAAUGCCUGGGGGAACCUGUCCUACGCCGACCUGAUCACCCGCGCCAUCGAGAGCUCCCCGGACAAACGACUCACUUUGUCCCAGAUCUACGAGUGGAUGGUGCGCUGUGUGCCCUACUUCAAGGAUAAGGGCGACAGCAACAGCUCUGCGGGCUGGAAGAACUCUAUCCGGCACAACCUGUCACUGCACAGCCGCUUCAUGCGGGUGCAGAAUGAAGGAACCGGCAAGAGCUCCUGGUGGAUCAUCAACCCCGACGGCGGCAAGAGCGGGAAGGCCCCCCGGCGACGGGCCGUCUCCAUGGACAACAGCAACAAGUACACCAAGAGCCGCGGCCGGGCGGCCAAGAAGAAGGCGGCCCUGCAGGCCGCCCCGGAGUCGGCGGGGGCGGACGACAGUCCUGCCCAGCUCUCCAAGUGGCCUGGCAGCCCCACGUCCCGCAGCAGCGACGAGCUGGACGCCUGGACAGACUUCCGCUCCCGCACCAAUUCCAACGCCAGCACAGUCAGUGGCCGCCUGUCGCCCAUCCUGGCGAGCGCAGAGUUGGAUGACGUCCAGGACGACGACGCCCCGCUCUCCCCCAUGCUCUACAGCAGCUCCGCCAGCCUGUCGCCCUCCGUGAGCAAGCCGUGCACCGUGGAGCUCCCGCGGCUGACGGACAUGGCGGGCACCAUGAACCUGAACGACGGGCUGAGCGACAACCUCAUGGAUGACUUGCUCGAUAACAUCACGCUCCCACCCUCGCAGCCCUCGCCCCCCGGGGGGCUCAUGCAGCGGAGCUCCAGCUUCCCGUACACCGCCAAGAGCUCCGGCCUGGGCUCCCCAACCAGCUCCUUCAGCAGUACGGUGUUUGGACCCUCGUCUCUGAACUCCCUGCGCCAGGCGCCCAUGCAGACCAUCCAAGAGAACAAGCCGGCCACCUUUUCUUCCAUGGCACACUAUGGGAACCAGACACUCCAAGACCUGCUCACGUCAGACUCCCUCAGCCACAGCGACGUCAUGAUGACUCAGUCGGACCCCUUGAUGUCUCAGGCUAGCUCUGCCGUGUCUGCCCAGAACGCCCGCCGGAAUGUGAUGCUCCGCAACGACCCCAUGAUGUCCUUUGCUGCCCAGCCCCCCCAGGGGAGUUUGGUCAAUCAGAACUUGCUCCACCACCAGCACCAAAACCAGGGCGCUCUUGGUGGCAGCCGUGCCUUGUCAAAUUCCGUCAGCAACAUGGGCUUGAGUGACUCCAGCAGCCUUGUCGCCAAACACCAGCAGCAGUCCCACGUCAGCCAGUCUAUGCAAACCCUCUCGGACUCUCUCUCAGGCUCCUCACUGUACUCAGCUAGUGCAAACCUUCCCGUCUUGGGCCAUGACAAGUUCCCCAGUGACCUGGACCUGGACAUGUUCAAUGGGAGCUUGGAAUGUGACAUGGAGUCCAUUAUCCGUAGCGAACUCAUGGAUGCGGAUGGGUUGGAUUUUAACUUUGACUCCCUCAUCUCCUCACAGAACGUUGUUGGUUUGAACGUGGGGAACUUCACUGGUGCUAAGCAGGCCUCAUCUCAGAGCUGGGUGCCAGGCUGAAGGAUCACUGAGGAAAGGGAGGUGGGUAAAGCAGACCCUCCAGCUGACAGAAGACCGACCGAGAAAACCCUUUGCCAAACCUGCUCUCAGCAAGUGGACAGUGAUACCGUUUACAGCUUUGUGAAUCC